AUGAUCUCGAUCUACACAACUAUACCGCUGGUCGCUGGUCGCUGGCUUCGAAAUGACACAAAGGAACGAGAACUGCGACAUAUCGAUUUUGACUUUGAUGCAUUGUGCCAGAAAGUCCUGAGUCUAUCCGGUUCUCACUCCAUUGCCGACUGCGAGAAGAUCGAAGGCGGCUCUAACCGCGUAUUCAAAUUCACCUUCAAUGACAGCAGACGUCUCAUCGUAAAGCUACCAUUCAAAGUCGCUGGCCCAGCCCACCUUACCACGGCGUCUGAAUUCAGAGAAAUACAUCUAUUCCCAUUCCCAAGAUCCUCGAGGAGCGCCGACGAAAAGAACGAGAGUCGCACUGAGUACAUCAUUAUGGAACAUGCAGGUGGUAUACCGGGAGGAGACAAAUGGCCAUCUAUGACGCUCAUGCAGCGGAUAGGCUUCAUAGAAGCUGUGUAUAAGCAACUCAAAACGGUCCAUGAUCUUGGUUUUCCGGCUUACGGAAGUAUUUACUUUGAGAAUGGUUUGAUGAAGCCUUUGUACCCUACACAGCCGUUGAAGGAUGGCUUCUGUAUUGGACCUCAUUGCGGCCCAAGGUGGUGGGACUGUGGCAGAGGGACUUUUUACAACCAGUACAAGUGGAUAAACCGAGGACCAUGGCCUGAUGUGGUGGCAUAUAGCAAUGCUGUCAUCGAUGCCGGACUGGCAAAGCUUCCACUAACCGAUCCAGACCCACAAAGCCUGGACAGGGCCCUGCCUUUUUAUCAGGGCUCCGUGGAGACACACGUCCAACUGCUUGAGCAUGCUCGUAUUGUUCUCACCCAGAUGGCUAAUGACAUGAAAGUGAAAUUCAGAUCAGACCCUAUGUUAUUCCACCCUGACCGUCACCUUCGUAAUAUUUUUGUCUUGGAUGAAGACCCGACAGUCAUCACAGGAAUCAUUGACUGGCAGUCUGCUAGCAUUGAGCCUGCAUUUGUGUAUGCUUCCAAUACACCGGACUUUGUCUCCCAGCGCAUGUCAACGGCCGUGGAGAUUACGCCCCAUCCUAAAGGAGAUUCACCUAUUUGUGAUUCAAAAACAGGCAGCGAGUCGGCAUCUACCGAGAAAGCAGUGUCGAGCACCGAGGAAGUCGAGUCAAAGCCAGAGUCGGAUCCCAACAUAGAAGAAGCUGAUAAAUUGUCGGAGCAGUUACACCGAACAAUGGAUACAUGCAUGACUUUAUAUACUCCCAAGAUAGGUAUUCCUCGCGCCAUGCACAUCAACUUUUUCCGUCCAUUCCGCAUAAGUGAUGAUAGCUGGGACGAUGGAGCCAUCAAGCUGCAACAUGAGCUUAUUCAACUAAGAAAGGAGUGGAAUUGGCUUGGCCUUAGUGGAGACUGUUCCUACCCAGAACAGACAGAAGAAUUCCUCACCACCCACUCAAAGAGAUAUGACCUCUACAAGCAGGUUGCUAGUAUCAGAGGUGUUUUGGCUGAGCAACUGGGCGUUGCGGCAGACGGUUGGGCACCCACUGAGCACUGGGAGCUGCGACAACAGGCGCAUAAGGCGGUUUACAAGGAUCUGGUGAAGACUGUUUUGGAGCAGGAUCCUGAUACUGAGGAGGAUCCUGAGGAUUCAAUUAAAACCGAGGAUGAUGUUAAGAGUGUGUGGCCUUUUGAUAUCCCGGUCUAA